CACCGCCGCUAAUGCCCGCCUCGACGGCGGAGCCGGGACCGCAUCCCCGCCCCGCGCUCCUCCCCGCCGCGUGGCUUUCGCCCCUCGGCGGCCGCUCUGGCCGAGUUUUUCCCUUCAUACCUGCUUUCCUCACUUCUUCCCUGCCUCGCCUGGUGAGGCUAUGGCUGCUUCCGAUGCCGGUCGGCACCCGCAAAAUGAUGACUAUCGAACUUUGUCCUUGUCUGCGCACGUGGGGUUUGAUAGUUUACCUGACCAGCUGAUUAAGAAAUCCAUCAAGCAGGGCUUCUCCUUCAAUGUUCUUUGCAUUGGAGAAACUGGAAUUGGAAAAUCAGCCUUGAUAAACAGUUUGUUUAACAGCAAUUUUGAGGACCCUCCAUCAACACAUUUUCUGCCAAGUGUACAACUUAGAACCCAGACUUACGAACUUCAGGAGAGUGAUGUUCUUUUGAAGCUGACCAUUGUAAAUACAGUGGGAUUUGGUGACCAGAUGAACAAAAGAGAUAGCUAUCAACCAGUAGUGGAUUAUAUAGAUGCACAAUUUGAAGCCUAUCUCCAGGAAGAACUGAAAAUUAUACGUUCUUUAUUUAGCUACCAUGAUACUCGCAUCCAUGUCUGCCUCUAUUUCAUCUCACCUACAGGCCGUUCCCUAAAAACCCUAGAUUUGUUAACCAUGAGAGGCCUAGACAGUAAGGUGAACAUUAUACCAGUUAUAGGCAAAGCAGACAGCAUUUCUAAAACUGAGCUUCAGGAGUUCAAGAGCAAAAUAAUGAGUGAAUUAGUUAGUAAUGGCAUCCAGAUAUACCAGUUUCCAACUGAUGAUGAAACUGUUUCUGAAAUUAAUACCAUCACGAAUGGUAAUUUGCCUUUUGCUGUAGUAGGAAGUAUGGAAAAGAUUAAUAUUGGAAACAAAAUGGUGAGAGCUCGUCAGUACCCUUGGGGCAUUGUAAAAGUGGAAAAUGAGAGCCACUGUGACACUGUAAAGCUUCGCAAGAUGCUUUGCACAAAUAUGGAAGACUUAAGAGAGAAGACUCACGCACAACAUUAUGAACUGUACAGACGCUGCAGACUGGAAGAGAUGGGUUUCAGAGACAUUGACCCCGAGACCAAACCAGUCAGGCUUCCAUGCUUUCAGUCUUAUGCAGACAGAGAAACUGUACGUCACAGCUAUGCUUCUUCAGAAAGUCUACAGGAAGCCUGUGAGGCAGAGAGGCAUAAGUUCUACCUUGAACUGCAAAGAAAAGAGGAGGAGAUUAAAAAACGAUUUGUGCAGAGAGUGAAGGAGAAAGCAGCAAUGUUGAAAGAGGCAGAGCAAAAGGUACAAACUAAGUUUGAAUGUCUUAUGCUAAUACAUCAAGAAGAGGAACUGAAAUUAGAGGAGAAGAAAAAAGUUCUAGAAGAUGAAAUAGCUGAGUUUAUUGAGAAGAAAGCUACGGCUGAAUUGCUUCAAUCACAAGCACCUGUCUCCACCCCUAUUGUUAAUUUGAAGAGACAAGGACUGCAGAAAAACCAAGAUUUUCAACUUGAACUCCAAUGCUUUGAUGUCAGAGAUGAAGGAACUAUGAACGUUCAAGAACAGAGCGAGAGGGAAAGUGAGGAGGAGGAGUUAGAGAGAGAAAUUCACCCAGGGAAUUCCAGAAAUAGUAUUUGAUUGCAGCACUCAACGCUUUGAAUGUAGGGUAUGUUAGUAGUUUUAUGAAGUGGUCUGACUGCUGUUGUCCCAUAAUAUUAGAUGUGUCUUCCUAAUGCAGAUUUUUUAGAGAAGAGAUUGAUAAAAUUGGUUAUGAAAAUACAAGGAGUGCAGAAUAUGACAUGCUAAAGAUUUCACUUCCUUCUCUUCCACCCACUUGUUUUUU